AUGCGACUUUUCUUCUACUGUGCUGUUAUUUGCAACGUCAUCUGCACCCUAUUGGCAUAUGAUAUUCAAGACUUUGAAGCGAUUCGACAGAAUGCCGUUCGAAAUAUCGCCAGCCUAGAAAACAUUCUAGAACACCGGCACCCUGGAUCUCAUAGACACCAUAAAAUCCAAAAGAGUCGACGAAUCGGUGGUAAUAUUGUGAUGGGUUAA